AUGGCCAAAGAGCGACCACAACACUACUCUCUGUCGACAUCAUCCUCCUUUUCCACGUCCAAGUCUUCGGCAGAUUCUACCGAUUCAGCGCCGUAUAAAAGACGCCGUACGAGAUCAGGGUGUGUUACAUGCAGAGACAGGCACAUCAAAUGUGACGAAAAUUUACCAGUCUGUUACAAUUGCCUACGACUGAAACGAGUUUGUUACAGGGGUUUGAGAUUAAACUUUACGCAAUAUACAUUUUACGACCCACAAAAGGAUAGCCCUUGCCCAGAGGUGGUCCAUGGAAUCACUCUAUUACCUCACAGGAUCUUAGACCAAUCAAUUACUAUAGCAGCAUUGUACAAUGGAUUGGAAAAGUAUAAACCAUACAUGCAUUUACAUUCAUUACAGGAUCUAAGAGAUUCAGACUUGGAGUAUCAAGAUGACAAUUACUUAGCAUCAAAUGAUCCAAUACUUGCAAAUAGACCCAUUAAUUAUCCUAUAGAUCUCUAUAGUUCACACAACAAGAAGCCGGAAAGAACUAUAGAAAGCAGUUCAAACACAUUGUAUGAACUGGCAUCAAGAUACAACCAAGCCACACAACAUGCAUUACCGGAGUCUUCCUUAAGCUAUUUGAAUCAAGAUGCAUUGAACCACUCCAAUCUACCCCAAUUAGAGACAAACUUACCAUCUUUGAGCAACAAUUCUCAACAACCACUACAUACGCUACAAUAUACAUCAAUGCCAGCAAUGCAAGUCACAUCCACUUUAAAUUACACAAAUCUUGAAAUGACUAAUCCGAGUACUGUUCCUUUAAGCUAUGAUCUCCAACACUACAUAAAUUUGCUUGUAAAGGAGCAAUUUUACUGGUUACUUGAUCAAUUCAACGAUUUUCAUAUUUGGCAAAAUAUCAUUCCCGUUGUGUGCAUGAAGGAAAAGGACAAUUUCUUAUUUUCAUGCCUUAUGAAUUGUUCUAGAGACUCAACGAUUUCAGAUGCGAUUGAUUUAGAGUUUCUCAUUGACUUUCAAAAUUUCAAGUACAAUCAGGUAAAGGAUAUUGAAAUUGUCCAAACAACAAACUUGUCACUUUUUGAAACAUUGUUGAUUAGUGUUUGUUUGGUUUUGUUGGGCAUAUACUUGAAGGUUCCCCAUGACAAUCUCACAACGUUCCACAAGCAAGUUCUUAACAAUCAAUCAAAUUUGUUUGACCAGCUUUUGGCUAAACUUUUUAUUUAUUUCUUUCAUCUGGGAAAUACAGAAAGGUCCUUAAUCAUCUCCUCAUGUAUUCAAUCAAUUACAAUCUUGAAAUUUUUCAUGAAUAAGUAUUAUGACUUAGCUUUUUUACAUAAACAACCCACCCUGUAUAUGAAUGUGCUUGCUGACGUUGAUCUUUCCAGUUUUAUCAAAUUCAAUUCAUACGAGAUAAACUACCUCAACAUUUCGUAUCAGAACAUUGACAUUACAUCGUAUCCCUCAAAUAGAGAGCCAAAAGCACUGCUGCAGAAUGUGAAUCUCGUGAAUCCAUCAACUCAAGAGCAAGAUGCUAGCCGGUUCCCACAGACUGCAUCAGAAACUAAGAAGCUAAAACACUUGUUGUGGUACUUGAUCAAGCUUGAUUACAUCAUCAACUUUCCAGCUGAGACUUCACAAUUUUCAACCUAUAGUAAUGCAGAUCAAGUACUCGAUCCUCAUCUACAAGCUGUCAACCCGGAACAACUCUUUACCAGGUCGAGCUCAGCAUCUUAUGAUCCGAGACCAAUUGCUCGUUCCAUCUUGCAAAAUUUUACAUUCAAGUUGCUCAAUAUGAAUAACGGAAUGAUUAUUCAACAAUCAAACUUGCUGAUUCAGCAGCUUUUCGAGAUGUCCAGACAGAGAAGCCCAGAAGAUGAACUAAACCGGCAGCAGUGGCUGCACUAUUUUGGAUGGGCUUUAAGAUAUGUCAACCCUAGUUGA